GUGGUCGCGUGGCAGUACAGUUGGCGUGUGCUCCAAAUUUCUCCAGUAUUUUAUGAAACAGCUGCGUACCAGAGACCAAUUGUUGUCGCAGGAACUGGUGAACUAAGUGAACAUUAUUUUUCCCGAAAGGUCUAUGUAGAAAUUGGUGAACAAAAAUUGGAAACAUCGCUUUGGAAAGUGUAUCAAAUGUCCACUUCGCUUAGCAUAUUUUCCACGACUUGCUAAGGCGAAGCGGAACCAAACGGAAGCUCACGAGAGCGGUUUGUUGCAAAAGCGGAGUUCAGAUUUCACUUUGUCCUGUCAUCAAUUGAAGGGCUAUCGAUAUGGUGGAUAUCAUAUCGAAUCGUGUGCAGGAGGCGUACGGGUCCUUCCGGUUGCCGAACGUGUUCGGUCCGGGCACGGACACCGACCAGAAUGGUGGCUUUUCCACCUACUCGAUACUGCGUCGCUUCGGUGAGGCGGGCAGACAGCAGCGUCAGCUGAACAAGCAAAAUGAACGUCAGAUGCGACAGCAGAGCCUCUUUCACAUAAAGGAACAACCGAUACAACAGAUGCAACCGGACCUCAAACCGAUCCCUGGCAUGGCAUGUCCUCACUGCUCGCCGACCGAAUGCCGUCCCCAGCUCGAGGUACAGGAUCGGCGACGCCAUGCGAUCGACAUUCUGCGCGUUACAACCCACGUCGGGCCGCAGUACACCCGCGUCGGACCGGGCGGUGGUGCGUUCGAUUGGAGCGUUUGGUGUCCGCAUCUGGCGCAGGCAUGCCGUGUGCGACGCUUCUCGUACCCUCAGGUGGCCGGAGCCGUUAUGCCGGACGAGCGCGUCCAGGAGGCGCUCGAUGUGGCCGUCAAGGAAUCGAUCAACGAAAAGCGGGCGGAGCUCGGUGUGGCGGAAAAUGACGAAAGCUUCGACGAGGACAGCUACUACACGGACAUGCUACGCAAGCAUGAAAAAAGGGCCGGCAAGAUUCUGAUCGGUAUGCGAUCGAAGAUCUCGAACCUGGUGCUGCGCAUUACCUCGUGGGUACUGUACAAGUUGCUGCCCUGCUUUAUGUCCGGCGUGGCGGCCCACCCGGCACAGGUGGAAAUGAUCAAGCGGGCCAUCGAGAAACACCCGGACGUGCCGCUCAUCUUUCUACCGCUGCAUCGAAGCCAUCUCGAUUACAUUAUGGUCAGCUUCAUCCUGCUGAACAACGACAUCAAAUGUCCGCUGGUGGCGGGCGGUGACAAUUUGCGUAUCCCCGUGUUCGGUCACAUCCUGCGCUACGACGGUGCGUUCUUCAUCAAGCGCAAGAUCGAUCCGUUAACGGGUAAGAAGGAUCACGUUUACCGUGCGAUCUUGCACACGUACCUACAGAAGUGUCUGACGGCUGGCCACAACGUGGAGUUUUUCAUCGAGGGUGGCCGCACACGAACGGGAAAACCGUGUAUGCCAAAGAGCGGAAUCCUCUCAGUGAUUGUCGACGCAUUCAAUGACAAAAGCAUCUCCGACGCACUGCUCGUUCCGGUAUCGAUCAACUACGAAAAGCUGGUCGAUGGAAACUUUGUACGCGAGCAACUGGGACAGAAGAAAAUUCCGGAAAGCUUUGCCUCGGCCGCGUCAGCUAUCAUGAAGGUGUUGAAGGCUCGGUAUGGUCUGAUGAGGAUCGACUUUAACGAACCGUUUUCGCUAAGCGAACUGGUUAAAUCGCUACGCAAGUCGGAUAUGGCACACAACUACACACCGGAAAUGCGACGACUGCAACAUAAACCUUCGUCAUCCUCCCUCUUCGGUACGGACGUGGUACAGGAAGAGCAGGACCAGCGGAACCUUAUCGAUGACAUUGCACGCCACGUGGUGUACGAUAGCGCCCGUGCCACUUCCGUCAUGACGACAAACGCGCUCGCAUUCCUUCUGCUAAAUCGCUUCCGCGACGGAGCUCCACUGUCCAUUCUGGUCGAGGCACUGGACGAACUGCGUAAUGUGUUGAAUGGAGUUCGUGAUCUUGGCUUCACCGGAUCCUCGGAGGACGUUAUACGGUACGCGACGGAUCUUCUCGGUCCCGGGCUCGUAGCGAAGGAGGUACGCAAUGGACAAACCUUCAUCAAACCAGUCCUGCUUAUCCCGAACGUAAUCGAGCUGUCCUACUAUUCGAACUGCCUCAUCCCACACUUUGCGAUCGAGUCGAUCGUCGUUACGGCCGCUUGUCUGCUGAAGCGCGAAAUGGAACGUAAAGCCAGCACCGAUCGGCACGACUACGCAGACGAGGUGACCGUCAGCCGGCGGUCGUUGCUGCAGAUGUGCAUGGAGUUUGCGGAUCUGCUGGUGUACGAGUUUAUCCUCUGCAAACCGUGCCAGAAGCUCGAGACCGUGCUCGAAAGCGCACUGCAUGAUCUGUGUCUGCGCGAGAUACUAUCCCAGCCGGUGGUGGAACUGACGGAAGAUCAAUCGAUGGGCCAACGGCUCGCCAAAAGCCUACAGCGCGACGGGCUAGACCCGGACGACGACAUGGAGGACGAUUUCUUUGACGAAGGCGUAGGAGGAUUUAGAGGCGGAGUGAAUGGCGGAGGUCUGUUUGAGAAUGGUAUCGACAGUGGCGAUAAUAGCACACGGAUACACUUCCCGGCGGAGAAGCACUGCGAUCGGCUCAUGCUACAAUCGGUACUGGCCCCUUUCACCCACACGUACACCGCAGUCGCUUCCUCGCUCCAUCAACUGCUCGACGGUAACUCCAUGGUGGAGUCGGAGUUCAUUCGGCUGUGUAUCAAAGAAAUUACUACGCGCGUUGAGAUGGGAGACUGCAAAUAUGGCGAAAGCAUAUCGACUGACACGGUACGUAACUGCCUGAAGGUGUUCCAGAAACGAUCGUACAUCGAGAUUACCAACAAUAAUGGCGUCAGAUUGGUGUCCCUAAUGCCCGCGGUUGACAACGUGUCGGAGGUGAACAGCAUACUGGAACAGGUGCAGCUUUUCGUCCCGGUCUAGGGCCGGCGAGAACUCGGGGGAAAGUGUGUACCCUUUCCCGCCCUGGUUAUUCACAGCUACGAAGCCAAAAUUCAAAGUAACCGGUACGGGGUAAGCGAACCUAAUGGGAGGCGGGGUAGACACAAGACUAAUAAUUCAAGCGCAGGAAAAAGAAAAUUUGCACAAUAGCAAAGAAAAAGGGAUGGUUUGUGAUUUGUUUUGUUUUUUUGUUGUUAAAAUUAAACUUCAGAAGACUGCAGGGGCGCUCCUCCGAAGAGCAAAAGUAUGCUGAAAGCAUUCGGCUAGAUGUAGGAGCGUGCUCUUGAAGACAGACUAAGAAACGGAAAGACAAAUAGAAAAAGAUAAAACUGCCAAUCUCGGAAGCGGCCAGGCAACGGAGCAGCUUUCGGUAUGGCGGACCAAGCCGUUCAUGGCAUCAUUUUCCGAGGCUCAGUGAGUCACCGGGAUGUUUAGCCUGCAAAGUUAAUAAUCCCUUUUUUCCCAGUGAAAAACAAAGCUAGGUUACCGUCGGCAGGACUUUGUAUUAUUUAGAACGGUGGAAUGGAGAGAUAAGAGUUGAUGAUAAACAGACUAGAAUUGAAGAUGUUCCAAAACCGUGGAUGAGCAAUCCACUUCUCCCGGUACCGUUGAUUUUUACAGUUAUGAAAAGCGUAAAACGUUGCACACGUAAUGUCGAACAUGCUCAUGUACUUUUGUAUAGAUCGACCACAAAAAAGAGAAACUAGGAACGAUGCGUAAUGAAUUUAAUGAAUUAAAUAAACUUAACAGCUACAAGCAUAUCGUAA